AUGGAGGGUAGAGGUAGUGAUGUUGGACUUGGUGUUGAGCUUGGUGUUGGGUUUCUUGAUAAUGACGGUGGAGAUGGUGGUGAGUUUAACGGGUGUGAAGAUAGUGGUGGUAUCAUCGAUAGCAACAGGCAUCAAUUUAUUAUUGGAAAACAAAUUGAUAUUUUUGAUAUGGACAAAAUCGUUGAAGAAGAGAUACAAAUUAAUCUAAUAGAAAAUGAUGAUGUGAUAAACUACAAAGAUCUAAAUGUUGAAGAAAAAGAAGAAGAGGAGAAAGAAGAAGAGUUGGUUAAUCCUGAUGAAGAUUUGAUUAAUAUUGAAGAAGAGUUUGAAGAUGAUGUAGAAGAAUAUGUAGAAGAUGAGUUGGUUAGCCACUAUGAAGACAUUGAAGAAGAAGAAGAGGAAGAGGAAGAAAAAGGGGAAAAUGAUUUGAUUGAUGAUUUUCAAGUAAGUUUCUAG